ACAAGAAGACAGGCUUUGUCUUAAUGGAAAUGGGUAAAGAAUGGUCCAGUGGAGGCAGAUCCAGGAGCAAAUCCAGUGAAGCUAAUGGCUGCAUCCCUGCUCUUUACCACUUUUUUCAUUCUCACCAUUUCUACUUUACUUCACGUCACCAUCACCGCCAGCCAAGUUUUGAUUCUCUCUCAAGAUAUCCAAAAGGCUUGGUUGCGCCACGAAACAGCUUGGAGUUAACAAAGGAGUCUUCUCUAUCAACAAAAUACAAGGAAAAAGAUAACUUCAACAUCUCUGUGGGCGGGAAAAGUUCAAACCUGAGAGCUCUUCUUUUUGAUACAUCCUCUGAUAACUGCAACUCACCUAGCGCCAAGUCACCAAACCUGGUGGCUAGACUCAUGGGUCUUGAUCUUCUUCCUGAUAACUUAGACCUUAAUAGACCAUCAAUAAAAGGUGUAAGAGGACAUAGACUCACUGAGAACUGCUCAGGGACAAGAUCUUUGCCUGAGAGCCCCAGGGUCUCUUCUGCUCGUAAAUCUGAUUCAGAAGUUCGUCGCCUCUCUCUUCAGCUAAACAGAGAGAAUAAGCAUGAAGACUCUGCGUGUUGGAGGCUCAAAGAUGAGGAAUCUCAAGAUCCAGGAAAUAAUGAAAGGGUCAUCACUAGAAGACUUGGCAUGGAUAUAACAAACUUGCUUGAGAACAGAAGGGCAAGACCAGGACUGGACCAGAAUAAGCAUAGGAAAGUGAGAAGCAUGUCUUCACGGAAAGAGAACAACACACUAAGCUCCAGUCCCACAUUUGUGUUCAAACAAGAUAAUAAGAUCUCUCAAGAACCAACAAGAAAGCUGACCCAUUCAAAAGAUUCCACGAAGAAACUCAAAAGCGUAGAUGAACAUCCACUAAGACCUACCAACGUAUGCAAGAAAAAUGUGUGUGGUAAAUCAAAGUUAUCUCCUCAUUCAACACCCAAUCUCCAACACAAGCAGAGACAAGCUUUCAUCUCUACACCAAGAUGUGAUCCUUUACACAAGAAAGAAUGCAAAAAAAUCCCAAACUCAUCAGCUGUCUCUGCCUCAGAACGUCCCCGGAAACAGAUGGAGAGAGCAGAAGGACCGGAACAGGACGAAGAUGGGACGAUAUGCUCCGGUCAGAUGUAUAACUACGAGGAGAACAAGCUUCCUCAAGAACUUCUAAGCUCCAGUUCUUCCCGUUCAACCACCAUUUCUGCCACCUUCUCCAACGUAGGAAGAACCAAAAUCUAUUUUGAAUAUCUUCUGGGGAUGAAAAAGCUUGAAAAAGAAGAGGAAAUGGUGGUCGCUGAGAUUGAGCGGCAUAUUGUAGACGUACUCGUGCUGGAAACGGUUAAGAGCCUUGCGCUCUACCAACUGAGCUAG